UAUGGCGGCCAAAAUGGGUCAAAAAAGUCAUACUUUAGUAUGUCGUCCAAAACUUCACAAAAAGGUUAAAGUGCUUUAUAAGGGCAUAGAAAUGCAUUAAGAAAAUCAUAGAAUAAAAGCAAGACAUUAAAAUGACAUUAAUCAAAAUAAAAGGUAGACACUGAAAUUACAUUAAAAUUAAAAUAGUUAUUAAAAUCAGAAGAGAUAAAAGUGUGAUUUGCCAACACAAAGUGUAUUCAAAACACAAGAAUGAAUUGAUAACUAAGAUGAUUAUUUGGGGAUUUAAGAAAAAGCUUUUACAUCUAUAAUCAGUCCAUUAUAAUCAGUCCAUUAUGUUAUAUCAAACACAACUUUUCACACCAAAACAAUGCGUAUGUCAUGUUCCAGUUCCACUGUAUUCUUUUCCCUGUAUAGCCUCAUAUAGACAUAGUAUAGACCUCAUUUAUCUUUUUUGGCAGGUCAGUCGUUGCUUCAUGAUGUGGGGUGUCGCGUUGAUUUUUCUUUCCUGUGUCCAGGCUGAAGUGAUGUCACAUGAAAUUACUGUGAAGUGUCGUGAAUAUUAUGGUUUCCCACCCAUCAGUAAUACCACUCCAUCUUUCCUUGCGGACUUAAAAGGGGAGCUGGUGACAGUGGAAGAGAAUACGAUGCUAAACAUCAGCUGGGCCGUCAACAUUGAUGCUAGUAUUAAAUAUCUGAAGGGCACUUAUAUCACAAUUGAUGGGGAAUCAUACCACUGUGACUACAAGCCACAUCUGAGUGAAGACAUCACUGAGUCAAAGCAGAGAUGGUUUAGUUUUUUAAUAGAGGCAAGCAAUGGUUUCACCUCCAUCCAAGUCACCAAUCUCCCUCUACCUCCUCUUGGGAGUGACUCCUCUUAUAAGACUCUACUUUUUAACAUCCCAAAGCAGUCUAUGCAAGUAUCUACAGCUAGUGUAACGCUAGAGACUGCUCAAGUCUCUACAGUUGAGACCCCUGCUUCAACUGUGAGGGGAGAAGUUGAACAUAUCACUAUCGCCAUCGUAGGAGGACUGGCUGUUUUGAUGAUCCUGACCAUGUGCUGCAUUAUCUGUAAAUCCAACAUUUUUUUUAAAUGCACAUUUAGUGAUAAGGGACAAAGGCACGAAAACUGGGCUUUAUAUAGAAUAGAAUAGAAUAGACAUGAGACGCGACGCAAAAUAGGAAGACCCGUCUAAUUUUAAAGAUACAUCCAUGUUCAGCAGGAGAAUGUGCAGGUCUGAAAAGGCAGCAUGAAAAUAACAGUAGUAAGAAUUGUGACAGUGUGGGAAAGAAGAAGCGAGUAAGAAUGAAAAAAGACGUCAUUAGCAGGAAUUCUAACAGAAGUGAGAAUUCUAUCUAAUAGGAUUAGAUUCAGUGUGGAUUAUUUCCGAGCAAAUUAUAUUAAUUUAAUAGAACUAUCAAAAACUAAAAGUUGCAAAGGAAUUGUAAGUUUUCAAUUUGCUAAAUGUCUUGUCAAAUUGCAAUUCAUUCAUUCACUCCAACAAAAUGCAGGACUUCUCCACUCACUCCUCCCUUUCCCAUGUGCAUCAUUGAACUACAGUGGCCUUUCCAUAUAGGACAGGAAGUAAACAUCCUCUCUUUAUCAUUCUUUUUCAUUUGAGUAGUAAGGUUCCACGUCAAAAUGCCAAGCAUGUAGAAACAUGUAACUAUUUAUUUCUAAAUGAUUAUAUGCUUGUACAAAAAACCUUAUGGGCAGUAAAUUGAAUUUCACACAAACACACA